CAUAAUAAACUUUGGGUCCUGCGUCUUAAUUUUCUGUGUGUGUUUUUGAAUAUGAAUAAUAAAACUGAAAUCGGAUCGUCGACAAGUGGAAAUUGCUCGUCGGUUUCAACCACCGGUUUAGCUAACUCCGGUUCGGAAUCUGAUCUCCGGCAACGAGAUCUAAUCGACGAACGGAAGCGAAAGCGGAAACAGUCGAACAGAGAAUCUGCGAGGAGGUCGAGGAUGAGGAAGCAAAAGCAUUUGGAUGAUCUCACUACUCAGGUGACACAUCUACGUAAAGAAAACGCUCAGAUCGUCGCUGGAAUCGCCGUCACGACGCAGCACUACGUCACAAUCGAGACGGAAAACGACAUUCUUAGAGCUCAGGUUCUUGAGCUUAACCACCGUCUCCAAUCACUUAACGAGAUCGUCGACUUCGUGGAAUCAUCGUCUUCAGGAUUCGGUAUGGAGACCGGUCAAGGAAUGAUCGACGGUGGAUUUUACGACGGAGCGAUGAAUCCUAUGAAUUUAGGGUUUUAUAAUCAACCAAUCAUGGCUUCUGCUUCUACUGCUGGUGAUGUUUUCAACUGUUAGAAAAUUUCACAUCAUUAUCAUCGUGAGUGAGACGAAUUAUCGCAUCAGGGGUAAAAUUGUAAUUUUCUUAUAAAUUAUGUUAUGAUGCUCUGUUUUGUUUUAUAAGAUCAUUAAUUUAGUGUUUAAAACUGAUUGUAAUGAUGGACAGUGUAAGAAAUGUGAUAUCAUGGA